GUUCUGCCCGGGCCAUGUCGCAGCGCGGGGCCGAGCGGGAUCGCGACCGAGACCGCGACCGAGAGCGGGAGCUGCAGUGGUCGGCGCGGAGGAUGGGGACAUCGCUGCUCCUGCAGCUGUCGGCUCAUGAGCGGGAGCUGGACCUGGUCUGCCUGGACCACAGCUACGCCAAGCCCUGGAGCGCCCACCCCGACGCCAGCGCCGCCCGUCCCACCCGCAUGCUGUUCCUCACCCCCCGCAGGCAGCCCGGCACCAACCUCGAAGCUGAUGUCCCCAUCGACGUGGAGACAGUGACCCCCACCCCUGUGCCCCUCUAUGACAACCAGAAGGCACGCAGUGUGAUGAACGAGUGUGAGCGCCAUGUCAUGUUCGCCCGCACCGACGCCGAUGCCCCCCCACCCCCCGAUGACUGGGAGGAGCACGUCAACAGGACGGGUUGGACCAUGGCCCAGAACAAGCUCUUCAACAAGAUCCACAAAGCUCUGCAGUCAGACAGGCUGGCUCGUUUGGCUAACGAAGGGGCUUGCAACGAGCCAGUCCUGAGGAGGAUAGCAGUGGACAAGUGUGCUCGGAGGGUCCGUCAGGCUCUGGCCAGUGUCAACUGGGACACCAAACUGAUCCAGUGGCUUCACACAACGUUAGUGGAGACCCUCAGCUUGCCAGUGCUGGCUGCUUACCUGGAUGCUCUGCAAACACUUAAAGGAAAGAUCCCCACCCUGAUUGACAGGAUGCUGCUCUCCUCCACCACCAAGACAGGGGCAGCAGGUGCUGAGGCUCUGUCCCUGCUGCUGAAGAGACCCUGGGACCCAGCUGUGGGGGUCUUGUCACAUAAUAAACCUAGCAAGUUGCCUGGUUCCCCCCUCAUCCUGAUUGCUUCCUCUGGCCCCUCCAACUCCAUGUUCCCCACCUCUCGGCGGCACCGGUUCUGGCAGUCGCAGCUUUCCUGCUUGGGCAAGGUAAUCCCCAUUGCCACCCACCUGCUGAACAAUGGCAGUGGGGUGGGGGUGCUGCAGUGCCUGGAGCACAUGAUUGGGGCAGUGAGGGGCAAAGUGGCAGAGAUUCACAGCCACUUCUCUCACAAGCCCAUCAUCCUGAUAGGGUGGAACACGGGUGCCUUGGUGGCCUGUCACGUUUCAGUGAUGGAAUAUGUCACUGCAGUUGUGUGCCUUGGAUUCCCCCUGCUCACCAUUGAUGGCCCCAGAGGGGAUGUUGAUGACCCCCUCCUGGAGAUGAAGACCCCUGUGCUCUUUGUCAUUGGUCAGAAUUCCCUCCAGUGCAACAUUGAAGCCAUGGAAGAUUUCCGGGAGAAAAUCCGAGCUGAUAACAGCAUGGUGGUGGUGGGAGGAGCAGAUGACAAUCUCAGGAUAAGCAAAGCCAAAAAGAAGUCUGAAGGCCUGACCCAGAGUAUGGUGGACAGGUGCAUCCAGGAUGAGAUUGCAGAUUUCUUGACUGGAGUCCUCACCCGAGCUGAGAGCCACUCGGGCUCUGAUCCCCGGGACCUGGAUGCAGAGAAGAAAAAGAAACCACGGGACCCGACCCGCAGGGACCUCUCCUUUGAUUUGCCAGAGAGAAGCAGCAGACCUGCCUCCCCAGCAGCCAAAGUGCCUGCCUCUCCCUCGGGAUCUGAGGACUUAUCCAGUGUCUCCAGCAGCCCCACUUCAAGCCCCAAAACGAAGAUGGCUGCUGUGUCCUCCCUGCAGAAGCCCAGCCAGCUCAGCACCACGCAGCUGCUGAAGAGGCAGGUGCAGAGGACGGACACUGUCCUGACACACAAGCAGGCACAAGCUCAGUUUGCUGCUUUUCUGAAACAAAACAUGCUGGUGAGGAAAGCUCUUCCUCCUGGCACCUCUUCAUGUCUCUUUGUUCCAGUCUCCUCAGAGCACUCGGAAGGGGCUGACAAAGAUGAUGUACGUGUGCAGCUGAAGAGGCAGCAGCAGAGCCCCAGCCCGACCCAGUGCACCAAACCCUCCAAACGAGCCAAAAUCAAGGUGACCAUUGUCUCCCACGGAGAUGCUGCGGGUGUGGGGCACGGAGCCCCCCUCACCACCCAGGCAGAAAUUGUCUCUGGGAAGCCAGUCCCCAUGGCUGUUGGCCAGGCUGUGUCGGGUGCCAAGGAGCUGGCAGGACUGCUCACCACCCCCAAGUUGACUUCAGGAGCAGAAACCUCCUCCCCAGGCCCUGCAGCCUCUGCUGUCAUCCCCAGCAGCACAGCACCCAGCGCCUUCCACACCCUGCAGAGCAGGCUGGUGGCCAGCAGCACCCACUGCAUGCAGGCCCAGCCACCCAGUGCCCUCCAAGGAGCAGCAUCUGCCAGCAGCCUGCUGCAAGGCUUGAGCUUCAGCCUGCAGGACAUUGGGACCAAGUCCUCAGCCCUUCCUGGCAGUGUGGCUGCUGCUGGGCCACCCGUGCAGACCUCAGCUGUGAAGACCCCCACCCCCCUGCAGGGCCUGGGUGCCAUCACCACAGCCACGGGCACCAUCGUCCGCACCAUCCCGGUCGCCACCUCCCUGUCCCUGGGAGCCUCAGCCAGCGGGAAGCCCACGGCCAUUCACCAGCUCCUGACAAACGGGGGGCUGGCAAAGCUGGCCAGCAGCCUCCCAGGCUUGGCUCAGAUCUCCAACCAAGCAGCAGGCUUGAAGGCCCCAACCACCAUCACGGUGACACUGCGGGGACAGCCCAGCCGGGUGACCACGCUGAGCCAGGCUGCCAUGGGGACUGUGCAGCCCCAGCUGGAGGAGCAGCCAAUGCAGACACAGGCACCUCAGGCUCCAGACGGUGCUUUUGGGAACUUGGCCACCCUGGCUACCAGCACCACCCCUCCUGGCAAGCUCUUGGCUCAGAUGGAUCUCAGCAAAGCCCAAGCUGCCCCCGAGAUGGCUCCCACCACCCCCCCGGCACUCCUGAGCUCGGCAGCACCUUUAGUGACCACCACCAGCCCCAUGAAGACUCUCUACGUCAUGUCGGACGCCAAGCUCUCAGCACUGACCAAAUCGGGGAUGGGGGAGGCUCCCUCUGCCCCCCUCAAGCUGCCGGGCAUCCAACCUUCCUCCUCCUCCUCCUCCUCCUCAUCUGCCACCUCUCCCACUGGCGCCGUCACCUUCACCACCUCCCCCUUGGCCAGCACCCCCAGCUCUCCUGGCAGCCUGCUCCACCCCAAGGUGGGACCCGUCCUGCAGACAGCUUCCAAAACUCUGAUCCUCACCUCCACGCUGAGCACGGGGAAGGGGGACGGAGCCCUGGGACACAGCGGGGAGGGCGGCUUGAGCAAGGGCCCCCCAGCUCUCAGCCAUGCUCUGGGGGCAGUGGAGACCCUGGGGAGGGUCCCUUCCGUGGUGGAUGAGGGGAGCACCAUCCUGCACACCAGAGAGGCCGUGGCCAGCAGACACUUGGUGCCCCAGGGGGUGCUGCCAGGAGGGACCAACACCACCCUCAUCACCUUGGCCACCUCCCCCGGCAUCGCCACCGCGGGGACCGCGCUGGGACAGAAGCCAUAGGGACCCCUGGGACCCCCCUCGGCCACCAGUGGGUGCUUGGGGAAGACCAUGGGGCCCCCCGGGACACUUGAGGCACUUUGGGGAAGACUGAGUGUGGCCUUGGGGACCCUUGGCCACCACCAGGUGCUUGUGGAAGACCCAAGUGUGGCCUCAGGGGCCCUGGGGAAUCCUUUGCCACCACUGGGCACUUGGGCAAGACUGAGCUCAGCCGUGGGGACCCCCAGAACCCCUUGGCCAUGACCAGGAGUUUGGGGAAACCUGAGCUUGGCUGUAGGGAGCCCUGGACUCCUUGGCUGUGACUGGGUGCUUGGAGAAGACUUGAGUUUGGCCAGAGAGACCCCCGGGACCCCUGGGCUCUCAGUAGGUGCUUGGCCUGAGGACACCCAGGACCCUGUGGCCACCACCAGGCACUCGGGGAAGGUUGAGCUUGGUGGUGGAAUGGGAGAGCAGCAGCUCUGUGGGCCUGGGGGGUUGGUUCAGGCUGGAGCACACCAUGGGGAUGGUUGUUUUUUUUUUCUGGUUUUCUUGCUGUUUAAUAAAACUUUUUUUUUUGGUUC